GGGUGCGGCGGGGCGCGGCCGGGCCAGUGUACGUCGGGUCGCCAACGCGGCGCGAGGUAUUGCAAAUACUGUGAGUGUAGUGCGUGUUCCGAAGAUCCUUCCUGUGGCGUGUCGUCGACUUGAAGGCGGCCGAGAUACAUUAAGAAGUGAUUGAAACCGAGUGCAACCGAGUGUCCUUCAGCCGGGGAUGUGUGGCCACCCUGCGUGAGGGCGCGAGGGAUGGCGCAGCGCGGGGGCGGGGGCGGGGGCGGCACGGGGGACACGCAGCGCGCGCUCGAGCAGUUCGAGCAGCUGGCGGGGCUGCGCGCUUACGUGCUGGAGCACCUCGCUACGUUCACGGUGACGCGCGAGACCGGCAUCGUGUACCCGGCGGACGGCAUGCGUCGGCUGCUGCAGCUAGAGAAGACUAACGGGAUAUGGAGUCAGAAAAUGCAGCUAUGUCUCGAGGACCAGUGGGUGCUGGUCAUGGACUAUGAGUCAGGGAGUAUAAUGGAGCGCUUCCCGGCGUCGCACGUGCACUCCCCGACGGCGUUCACGUCGCCCGAGCCCGGCGAGUUGUACAACAACGUGCUGGCGUUCGUGGCGGGCGCGCCGGACGCGCCAGACGCGCGCCGCGAGCUGCACAUCUUCCAGUGCCACGACGUGCCCGCGCACGCGCUCGUUGAGGAGCUCAAUGCGCUCAAGGGGGUGGGCGGCGCGGCAGGGGAACCCGGUCGGGAUUUCGUCAUCGAGCGGGAACGAGAGAGGGAGAGAGAAAACGAGAUCGAGCGUCCGCGUCGGCAGCCGAUGGCGGCGCAGCUGGGACGUGAGCGCGGUGAGCGCGCGGGCUCGGGCGGCGACCGCGACGACGCCUCGUCCACCGGCUCAGAGCGGCUGUACGAGCAGGACAUCGCCAUCCUCAACCGGUGCUUCGACGACAUCGAGAAGUUCAUAGCGCGACUGCAGCACGCAGCGGCGGCGUCGCGCGAGCUGGAGCGGCGGCGACGCGGCGGGCGCGGCGCGCGGCGCGCCGGCGACGGCAUGCUGGCGCUACGCACGCGCCCGCCGCCGGAGCGGGACUUCGUCGAUGUGCUGCAAAAGUUCAAGCUGUCGUUCAACCUGCUGGCGAGGCUGCGCGCGCACAUACACGACCCCAACGCGCCGGAGCUGGUGCACUUCUUGUUCACGCCGCUGGCGCUGAUCGUGGACGCGGCGCAGGACGCGGCGGACGGGCGGCUGGCGGCGCGCGUCGUGCAACCGCUGCUCACGCGCGACGCCCUCAACCUGCUCGCCAACUGCGUCACCAGCAAGGAGACCGAGCUGUGGCACUCGCUGGGCGACGCCUGGCUCGUGCCCAGGGAACAAUGGAAGACCGCGAUUCCUCCUUACCAGCCGGUGUUCAUGGACGGCUGGCUCCGCGUGCCCGGACACCAGCUGUUCGCGCUGAGCCGCGCGCAGCUGGAGCGCGCGCUCGGACACGACGAGGGCAAGCGCCUCUACAGCCAGGUGCUGGUGCAGCGCAACGUGUCCGGGUAUAAGACGACGUCCGCCUCCGAGCUGCAAAGCAUCCUGCGCAAGGUGCGCGAGAAGGUGGAGGUGACCUAA